UCUAGCGCAAACAACUGUCAAAAGCACAUGUGAUACCGCUUUGAGCAGUUUGUUGUUUUGCUUUCUCAUUGCUUUAGUUUACAUUAAAUAAGCGAAUGUUUCGGUAAGUUUUUCUAAAUUACGCCUUAAAAUUUGAGCAAAAAUGAAGGGCAACACACCGCCAAUGUCUCCACUGGAGAUAAAUGACGAAGAAGCAGAGAAUGAGCUUAUUUACGUCGGCGAAGCGGACGAAGUCUUGAAUCAAUGGGAAAACGAGAUGGAAGACAGUGACGACCCCGGUGACGGCGAAGACGGCUUCGCUGACGAUGAUGAAGAAGAGGCUUACAUCCCUGAAAGGGAUGAUGCUUUGGUUACGUUUGAGAAACACACCGGUCCAGUGUUCUGUGGAUCGUUGCAUCCCACGGAAGAUUUGGCGGUCACGGGAGGCGAAGACGAUAAAGCUUAUGUUUGGAACAUUAAAAGCGGCGAGGUAGAGUUUGAAGCACUCGGACAUUCGGAUUCGGUAAUUGCAGCUGAGUUUAGCUAUGAUGGAACUUUUCUAGCGACCGGUGACAUGGCCGGACAGAUUCAGGUUUUCAAAACUACACAGGAGUACAAGAAGGUGUGGGAGUUCACGAUGGGUGACAUGUGCUGGCUUAAAUGGCACUUUGGUGCGCACGUUUUGCUGGCCGGUGCCGAUACGGGAGAAAUUUACGUCUGGCGAAUACCCUCUGGGGAUUGUAAGGUGAUGCAGGGCUUCGGAGAAAAAUGUGAUGUAGCGAAACUGACACAUGAUGGCAAAAAUCUAGCGGUUGGUUAUGGAAAUGGUGCCUUUAAGAUUUGGGACAUUAAAAGUAAUUCGGCGACGUUGGAUAUUGCUCCGAAUAGAACGAACGGCCAUAUUACUAACAUUACCUGCAUGGCAAUCGAUCGAGAUAAUCAGUUGUUUGUUACAGGGAGCGAAGAAGGCAAGGUAGUGCUUAUUGGGCCCACGGGGCCGGUAGGAAGCCUACAGCCCGACUCUAGCCCCGUUGAUGCGAUCGUGAUUGAUAAUCCUGACUUUGAGCUGAAGGUUGCAGCAACCGGAACCUUGUAUGGAAAGGUAACCAUAUGGGAUGUAGCCAGGCAAUCUGCUCGGGUAGAAUGUGAGAAUUCUACAGGGAAGGGUAUUACAAGAUUGCUGUGGGGCAAAGAUUGUACACUGAUUGGAGGAACUUUGGGAGGUUACAUAAAAGUGUGGGAUCUACGGAGCGGAGCAUUGAAGUACGACUUACUCGGUCAUCGUAUGGAUAUUCUCGAUAUUUUCUACGAUAAGCAACGAAAUUUGCUGCUAUCCACGUCCGAAGAUAGAAGCGCGAAGAUUUUUCAGUUGAAUUGAAAAUGGAUUUUCGUUUCGGGUUUCGAAUUAUUUAACUAAAUAAAAAACUCAUAUGUUACAAAAAACAUAAAAUGAACUGAAAUAAAAAAAAAACAUUAAAAUUUGAGUUGAAAAAGUUAGAAUGCCCAAGAAAUUUCUGGAAUAGAAUUCCCCGCGAAUUUUGUAAUUUGUGUACAGUAUGGAUUUUAAAACAAUGCUGGUGCCAACCUGCGCACUCAUAAGAUAUUGCAAUUAAUUUAGCGUAAGAAUCGUAUACUUUUAUGGCUGUAUAAUCCAUAAAGCAACGAAAUCCCCUGCGUAAAGAACCAA